AUGAGCUCACUCCUAAAAGACAACUCUGAAAGAACCGAUGACAGGGAAAAGGACGAGACACAAGUCGAGGCCCCUUCCAGCAAUGUUGCCACGAAUAAUGGGAGAGACUCCGCCAGCAGGGAGAGAGGCUACGAGACAGAUGAGGAGACAAUUUCGAAAAACGCCCAGGCUGGUGUACAAAAGAUGCAAGCAGCAACAUCAGUUUGGAGCAAGUGGAAUUUGAUCACAGCAUAUGGGCUAAUCUGGCUUAUUUACUUCGUCAUCUCGUUAGAAGAAGUUGUCGUUCGCUCUCUGAACCCUUAUGUCACCAGUUCCUUUUCUCUACAUUCUCUAACGGCUGCCACGAACAUCAUGUCGAGCAUCAUAGGAGGUCUGGCAAAGAUCCCCACUGCCAAAAUCCUCGACACAUGGGGUCGGCCCCAAGGAAUGGCGCUCAUGGCCUUUAUCUGGGUCGUUGGCUUCAUCAUGAUGGCCGCCUGCAACAAUGUUCAGACCUACGCAGCAGCUCAGGUAUUUUCCUUGACUGGGUCCCAAGGAGUGAGCUACUGCUUGACAGUCUUUAUCUCGGAUACGUCCUCACUGAAGAACCGAACACUCAUGUUGUCCUUUGCCACUUCGCCAUACAUCAUCACGACUUGGCUAGGAGGACCAAUAUCCCAGAGUAUUGUGGGAGGUGUGGGCUGGAGGUGGGGAUUUGGCAUUUUCUCAAUUGUCAUCCCUGUAGCCGUCGCACCACUGACUCUCCUCUUCUUGUUCAAUCAGCGCAAGGCUAUGAAGGCCGGUUUGAUCAAGCCGACACGUCUCAGUUUCAGUCCAGCCUCGUUGAAAAAGUACGCCAUCGAGGUCGACCUCUUGGGCAUUAUCAUCCUGGCUGGAGGCAUGGCAUUAUUCCUGCUUCCUUUCAGCCUUUACUCCUACCAGGCUGACCAAUGGAGGUCGCCCAUGAUUAUCUGUAUGAUCACAUUUGGCGGAGUGCUACUCAUCCUGUUCGCCUUGCACGAGAAAUACCUGGCACCCAAGACUUUUAUCCCUUUCCAGCUGUUGAUGGACCGAACUGUAUUUUGUGCUGGGCUGAUGUUCGUCUUUGUCUUCUUCAACUCUAUGGUCUGGGGCAGCUACUUUUUCUCCAUGUUACAGGUUGUCUGGAAUCUCAGUAUCACCAAUGCUACAUACGUGAGCGCAAUAUAUCGAGUCGGCUCAUGCCUCUGGGCGAUUGCUGUGGGAUUCUUGAUCCGUUGGACGGGAAGAUUUAAAUGGCUCGCGCUCUAUUUUGCCAUUCCCCUUAUGAUGCUGGGAGUAGGGCUCAUGAUUGAGUUUCGACGGCCCGAUAGCGACAUCGGAUAUAUCGUCAUGACACAGAUCUUUGUCGCUUUCUCUGGAGGCACAAUCGUUCUCUGUGGAGAAUUAGCGAUGAUGGCACCAUCGGAUCAGCAGAAUCUUGCUGCCAUGAUUGCCAUACUGAACCUUUUCGGAAGUAUCGGCAGUGCUGCAGGGGGAACUGUGGCUACUGCGAUCUGGACGGGAGUUUUCCCAGCUGCUUUGCGCAAAUAUUUGCCUCCGGAAAUUGACGUCGACAAGAUAUAUGGAUCUAUCGUCGCCCAAAUGUACUAUCACCAAGGAACUCCGGCUAGAGACGGUAUCAACAGGGCAUAUGGCGACGCUCAACGAUAUAUGCUCAUCACCAGCCUUUGCCUACUCGCUGGGGCACUCAUCUCAGUUGCCUUCUGGAGGGACAUCAAGAUCAAGGACACGAAGCAGGUCAAAGGCCGUGUAGUCUGA